AUGGCGACCCCGUUUAUUGACUCGGAGGUCGCCCCGGUGCAGUACUACCAUCUCCAGUCCCAUACGCCCCCUCCUGCCGAGAAAACCCUCCUAUGGCUCCAGGGCGUCAACGAUGCGGGCCCGCUUUCUCACCCGGCCGUGGACUCGACGUCUGAGUAUGCUGCCGAAACACCGGGACAAACAGUACAGAUGCUGCCAGGCGAUGCCCCCGAGCGCCACCCACUGUCCCCGCCUCCGCCACCCCCCCAGCCUGUCCUUGCUGCUCCCUCCCCCCGCAAGCGCCCAGAAGAACAAUCCGGCAAGUCGGAAAGCAAGAUGGGCCUCGAUCUCGAAUAUGCUGUAUUCGGGGACCAUGGAGCAGGAAGCGAGGCCUCGUACCAGCGCACUUUACAGCAGGCAGCUGGCGGAUACCCUACUGAAGAGCAUAAUGGCGAAGAACUUGAUAUUGAGCCCGAGGGUGAUUUGUAUGAUGAUGAUGUCGAUAGUAACGAACAAGAACGGCCCGAAAGCCUGAUGAGCCCCAAUAAUCGCACUGUACCAAUUGAAGAUCCAAACAACUCGCGCUCCCCGCGUUAUCUCUCACAAUCCACUGGUCCAUCCUUUGGAAACAUUAAUCGUCCUAGCUCAUUCGCUCCUAUGCAUACCAUGAUGGAAAAAGGUCCCAACGUGAACAUUCAGAUCCAGCCGCCAACCGACCGCACGCAUUCGCGCACCGGCAGGGAAUCUGAAAUUACUAUGGAUCCAGUUGGACAAAUCACUGACGAGAUGGAUAAUCUCUGGAGUGGUAGUGCUCUGCCGCCUAUCAAGACGCAAGGAACGGGGACAAGCGCCAAAUGGAAGCCUCCUACAGAAUCCGCAGGCUCAGAGGCAUCAUUCUAUAGGAACUCUGGGCCCAUUGGGUCUGGAUACGGCAACGUCGCUCCUCCACAUACUGGCCUAGUUUCGACGCAAAUAACCGGCAGUCGCGGUGUAGCCCCUCAACAGACGGGAACAACAAACAGACAAUCCACUGCUCGCGGAACUCAGGUACCCGUCCAACCCCAAAUGACCGGCAUGACAGGAAAACAGUCUACCCGAGGUGCUCCUAUCGCGCCUCAGAUGACCGGCAAGCAGUCGACUGCUGGAGGCCGACAUUCAAUGGGCGCCAGCCGUGGUGCACCGAUUCAACCGCAGCAGACGGGCAUGACGAACAGCAGACAGUCGACCGCGCGUGUCCAGCCUCAAAUGACCGGAAGCAAGAGCAGUAAAGUUAUUCCACAAAUGACGGGCAAGUCGGGUCGAACUUCAAUGUCGCGUGCCGGCCAGAGCGUUUCUCAACCCGGACCUCGUCAUUCGAUCGCUGGUUCGGCUGUAGGUGGCCAAUCUACGACACCUGGACGCGCCAAGAGUCCAUUGGGUCGGGGGUCUGUCACUGGAGGAUAUCAAUCGUUUGGCGAUAUGAUGCAGGACCCGGCGAUGAAUGAUAAUGCGAGUUAUGCAGACGAACUUGACGAGGGGCAGUACCCGGGCGCAUACCCUGGAACAGACGGAAACAGUUUCGCCGGGGAAGGUAUGGCGUACAUGGGCGAAGAUAUUGGGCGUGCGCCGAGCGUAGCGGAAAGCGCCAAUACCCUUCGAGGCGAAAAGAAGUUGCACCCACUCGCGGGGAGUGCUGUUGCGCCCAGCGAGGGAGGCAUGCAUCCUCUUAGGAGUGUUCCCCCAAGCGAAGCUGGUGGGUCUAUCGCUCCCCCGUACAGGACCGGUAGCCCGGCCGGGAGCCGUAUCUCCCACCGUCGAUCCGCGAGUGGAGCUGGUGGGCCUCCUGCCGACCGAUCUGGAACCCCGACUCGGUCCUACCACAACCACCAUAGCCACGGAGAUUCGACUCCCACCCCAUCGGAAGCCGGAUUCAUCGAUCGCGUGCCUGACAUGUCCGAGCGCGAACUAUUGGAGGUUCUCAAGACUCCCAGGACGAGCUAUACCGUCUCGCCGUCUGUGCUUGCCGAGGAAGUCAGCCGAACGCAUUACCAUGACGAGGAUUUGUGCAUCUUGUUGCAUGCUGCCGAGGACCCCAGUCAACACGAAGUUAUCCGCAAGGCCGUCAGGAAGGCUGCAAAGAUGAGGAUCAAGAGGUUGGGUAUCGAAGAUGAGAGGAAGCGCGAGCCGUUGUCGAUUGCUGCUCCGCCCGAUUCUAAUGUCGCACCCCAGUGGGCUCGUCCGUUGUUUGAUAUGCUCCAGGAUGCGCAAACCCGGUUGGAGAGCCUCGAAGGCGGACGAAAUAGGAUCGAAGCCCCGCCCUCGCAUAUUGGGUCUCAUAGACCCCCAUCGGAUGCUGGGUUUGAUCUAAACAUCGGCCGCACACCUAUGACCGCACAUGGAAACAUUGAUGCUUCGACCGUUCCAUCUGGCACACACGUUGGUGAAUCGGUUCUAGGCGGCAAAACUGCCGACUACCAACAGCCCCUCGAGGAUGAAUUCCCGGACCACUCUCGUGAGCACAUCCAAGACCCGGGGACUAUCCGCCAGGCGCUGAGGGAAUUUUUGCAUCCAGAUGAACAUGAGCAGAGCGUGGCUGGUGGUCGAUCCUUUGCUGGACCUGGAACUGCUAUGGACCGUUCGGUAUUUGGCCGUGGAGAGUCAGUCUUUGGGCAUGAGCAAGAACCAUCGAUUGCGGGUGGCGAAGGUGACGUCGAAGAGGAGCUUUACAAGCUUAGAGUCAAGCAACCCCCUCCUCGCUCAGAGGUUUCCCAUAACGGAGAGGUUCCUGAGAUUCCGGGCGAAGACAGGAACGAUGAUCAUCCUCCACAGAGCGCGGUGUCUGCUCCUCCUGAUCGUGAUCGGGCGUUGCAGACGUACCAGGCUCCACCGGUUUGGCAGCGCGUGCACCAGCGAUUGUUGAACUGGGCCAUGGUCUGGCCCUUGACCGAGUUGGACAAGGCGCUUGCGAGCACUGAACGAGGACAUCAAGUUGAAGAAAUCGCGCUGAGCGUGUGGUGUACCCAGGUUUAUAAGCGCUACGUUCGUGCGCGUAUGUCUGAAGGCGGCGGGGACGUGUCCAAGGUCGAUCGUAUGUAUGUCCCGCCCAAUAUGGCAGACGCGAUUAGCACCGCGGUGUAUAAUGGCCGACAUGGAGACGCGUGUCAGAUGUUGAAGGAUUUGUGGACGCCGUUUGGGUUGGAGGGCAUGCCGAGGUUGAUUAUUGUCCUUGCGAGGCAUAGGAGGGAUGAGCAUCAUUGGGUCACUCACAGGCAAGUUGCUGUGCUUUUUUCUUACUUUCUGUUCUCGCUGCCUGAUGGUCAACUCUCGACCUAUGAUACGUAUCCCGAAAAGUCCCUUCCCGAUGGACGUCCCCUUGGAUGGUGGUUCGCUAUUCGUAGUGCAUGGCCACAUGCGUCAUACCCUCCCGCCGACGCCCUUGUCCAAAAAAUGGUCCGAAUCAAUCGCCCGCUCCAACUGCUCGUGGACUGUUCGGUUGCGGCUGCUGCCAUCUGGCGCAACCUCCUUAUGGGAAGCAAAGCCGAACGAAGUGUCGACCUCGAACGUUUGCGCGAUUUGAUCAGCACAGAAGUCAAAUCGCUCAAGCAACGUAAAGAAAUGGGCCGCUUGACGGUGUCUACUUCCCGGAACGACGAUUGA